CCCGGGGCGGACUAGCGGGGGCCGGAGUCGGGGCGGGCCGGUUCCUCCCCCUUCCUGCAGAGCUGACGUGUCCUCAAGUCUAGGGAGCGGGCGUUUCCUUGGGAAGGGUGCCGGGCGUCCGGGGCUGGGGAGCCCAUCAGGACCGCUGCACAGUGGGGGAAAUUGAAGAUGGUGGGUACAGGCACGUCGCUGGCGCUCUCCUCCCUGCUGUCCCUGCUGCUCUUCGCUGGGAUGCAGAUGUACAGCCGCCAGCUAGCCUCCACAGAGUGGCUCACCAUCCAGGGCGGCCUGCUGGGCUCCGGCCUCUUCGUCUUCUCCCUCACUGCCUUCAAUAACCUGGAGAAUCUUGUCUUCGGCAAAGGAUUCCAGGCAAAGAUCUUUCCCGAGAUUCUCCUCUGCCUCUUGUUGGCUCUCUUUGCAUCUGGCCUGAUCCACCGAGUAUGUGUCACCACCUGCUUCAUCUUCUCCAUGGUUGGUCUGUACUACAUCAACAAGAUCUCCUCCACGCUGUACCAGGCAACAGCGCCGGUCCUCGCCCCGGCCAAGGUCACGGGCAAGGGCAAGAAGAGAAACUGACCCUAAAUGUCCAAUAAAGUUGAUUCUUUGUA